UGUCUCUCUCUCUCUAUUCCUCCCUCCCUUUCGCUUUCAAAUGAGGUUUUGGAAUUAGUAAUAGAGGCUUUAGAUGAGACGCAUAAGAAAAUUGUCCUACUCACAAUAGCUUUUUAAGGAUAUAACCUGCCAAAUGUCUCGAAAUAAAAAAUCUGAACAAUGUCUCAUGAUGUAGUAACCGUGGUAUAAGCCAGUGGUUCUCAACCUUUUUCACUUCAAGGCCCCCUAGUUGCCCACAACAAUAUUUGAAGGCCCCCAACUCACUAAUUCUUUCCAAAUAAUAUUAACUAGAGCUUGGAAUGACCUGACAGAUGUAUAUUCGCUAUUAAAAUGGCCAAAAAAUAAGAAACAUCUUGAUUUUAGCUUAUUUUAAUACUUGUUUUGUCCAUUUUUUUAAUCAUUUUAAGCCCCGCCUGGAAAUCUGCUGAGACUGGCCCCAGCCCCCUGGUUGGGAAACACUGGUAUAAGUGGAAUAGUUGACUCCUCCAAUCCAUUGAAUUAUUCUUAAAAUAAUUAUUUUUAAAAAUAAUUUAGGUGUUACUUCACGUCAUGUGGCCAUUUAGAUGUGCAUUACUUUGAAUAAAUUAACGCUGUUAUCAAUUAUUCCUUAUAUAAAUAAAAUACUAAAAGGAAAAGGAUGUCACUUUAUGCAGAAUUAUAUCUUUCUUUUAUUUACAGCUUUCAGGUAAGAACUAUUUAUUUUAUAAAUGUGAUUGUGUGAACUUUAUCAUUAAACUGAACAAUUAAUUCACUAAUUACUGAAGUACAUUAUUAUAUUGAAUUCAGUCAGAAGUAAAGAAAUGUUCAGUUUAUUUUCUAUUAAACACACCAAUCAAACAUAUUUUUUAUGUAUGCAAAGGGGAAAAAAUCUGAAGUUUGCACAAAGCACGAGAAAUCAGAGCCGGAAGCGUGUGUAGUUUCAAGCGGAGUUGAAGGGGCGUGCAACGGAAGUGACGACACCAAACAAAGAAAUAGUUGCGUGUUUGUACAGAUGCGCGUAGAGCAAUAAAACUUCAGAAACUGCGUGUUAGAUGGCAAAUAUGAUGCGUAUUUAUUUAUACACGCCAGGGAUCAUUUAAAUGAAUUUACCAUUAAUGUUUUAGAAAUGAUGCGAAUCUCCGUUAAAAAACUAUUCGCUGUGUGCCUAUGCGCGUGCGCGUGCAUGCUUAUAAUCAUGACUUUACAGUUUAUAGAGGAGUUUGGGCAGACUGUAGAGACACGGCUCACCAAGAGAGGAACAUUUUUAACCCAUCAUGGAUCAGAUUUUCAGGAUCCCAUCAUUGUAUGGUGGUCUCCACUGACCGGAGAACAGGGACGACUGGCAGAUUGUGGCCAUAACAGAUGUUUCUUUACUGUAAACAAAUCUUAUCAUUCUCAUCCACUGACACAAGCUUAUCUCUUUUAUGGUACAGAUUUCAGCUUUGAAAGUCUUCCUCUUCCGAGAAGCGAUCACCAUCAUUGGGCUCUGUUUCAUGAGGAGUCACCCAAGAACAACUACAAACUCUUUCACGAGCCGCUCAUCACCCUGUUCAACCACACGGCGACGUUCAGCCGUCAUUCUCAUCUUCCUCUCACCACACAACAUCUGGAGAACCUCAGCGUUCUCACUUCACAUACGCAUCUGAUUCCUCUGUCCUUCAAAAACCACCUGAGAGAAACCCUCGCACCCGUGGUGUACGUUCAGUCUGACUGCGACCCGCCGUCCGAUCGAGACGUUUACGUUCAGGAACUGAUGAAGCACAUUCGAGUGGACUCCUACGGAGAAUGUCUUCAUAAUAAAGACCUACCGGCCCAUCUGAGAGACUCCACUGCCAUGGACCAUCAGGAUUUCUAUCAGUUGCUCUCUCAGUAUAAAUUCAUCCUGGCCUUUGAGAACGCCGUCUGUGAGGACUACAUCACUGAGAAACUGUGGAGACCUCUGAAGAUCGGUGUCGUGCCGGUGUACUACGGAGCUCCGAACGUUCACGCGUGGCUGCCGGACAAGAGAAGCGCGAUUGUGGUGAACCCAGAGGAGCCGCCAGAGAAACUGGCUCAGUAUUUGAAGAGACUGGACAGGAAUGAUUGGGAAUAUUCACAAUACCUGGAGUGGAAACUCAAGCGGGAGAUCUCGAAUGUGAAUCUGAUAAAACAUCUGAGGGAACGUCAGUGGGGCGUUCAUGACAUCACCCAGGAGAACUUCAUUGAUGUGUUUGAGUGUCUGGUGUGUGACAGAGUCUGGGAGAACAUCAACAGACAGAAACGGAAACUGCCAGCUAAAGUCUGGCGAGCUGAGGCGACUCAUUUAAAGUGUCCAUCUCCAAAACUCUUCAACUUUAUUGUUAGUCCCUCGAACAGUUCACAUCUGAGGAGGAUCUGGAGAGACGCUUAUAAACAAUCUGAACGAGAAGCCAUCGCUUUGAGACGACUGAUUAACAGAAACACAAACUUUACUGUUACACAGUUCUGGAGAGAGGUCUUCAUCAGAUGACACAAACAACAGGAUAUACUUUAAAGGGCCAAUAUUAUGAACUUUUUUACAAGAUGUUAUAUAAGUCUCAAGUGUUCCUAAAAUGUGUCUGAAGUUUAAGCUCAAAAUACCUCACAGAUCAUUUGUUUUAGCAUGUCCAAAAUGCAGCAUUAAUGCUACAAUGUGCUAACAAACUCAUUAAAAAAAGCUUUCGGAUAAAAUAAGCCAGUCAGUCAGUGGCUGUGGGCGGGGCUUUAUCAGUGUGAUGUCACAUUAAAAAGAGAAUCAGAACAGCAUGUCUAAUGAGACCGUUGUGGUUUCAUGGAGAUUUAAAAUGAAGGAGAAGGUGAAUUAUUUUUAUUGUAAGGUUGUUGUUUUCAUACACUGGCAACACAUAUUUAUGUUUGAUUUUGCAUAAUAUGUGAAAAUUGGGGUGGUUUUCCGGACAGGGAUUAUUUUAGGCCAAGACUAGGCCUUAGUUUAAUUAGGAAAUAUAACUAGUUUUAACAAACAUGCCUUACUAAAAACAUUACUUGUUUGCAUUUUGAGGCAGAACAAAGGGCACUGAUGUAUUUUAAGAUAUGUAAGUGCAAGUUGUUUUCAGCUUGGACAGCUCUUACAUUUAUUUUAGUCUAGGUAUAAUCCCUGUCCGGGAAACUGUGUUUGUGAAAACCACAGCAGAUGAAGAACCUGAGGAUUUUUAUAGACUUUCAUACAUGAUGUUUAACACACAUAUUUUUGAUGAAAUAUUUGAGGAAAAGUGCAAUGUUUAUUCCUUUACAAUAUGUGUUAUGAAUAAAUUUCAGUGCAUACAUUAUUAUGACUUAUAUUAAUAGUCCUUUUGAAUUUUCUUUAACAUAAAAUGCACUUUUUGUACUAUAUGGUCUUUGUAUGGCUGUGUGGGCAAAAAAUUAAAUAGUUUAUAUGAUUUAAUUAAAAUAUUUAAUUGCCACUGUCCCAUGAGCAGGACACCUAAGUAUACAAUUCAAUAUUUUUCAUGUAAAUGAUAAUUUAUCAUGACAAACUGUAUAUUGUUGGAAAGGUCUAAGAAUGUAGUUUUCAUAUUUUAAAACUUUUUAGCGGUAGCAAUAAUAAUGCAGUACUUGAAUUUAUUCAUUUGUGACAAGAGUAUGCAACAAACCUGACAGCAAACCAACACAAACCUCAGUUUUUUGAUAAUUUUAUGUAUUAAAAAUAAUACUAUAUUGCAUUUUUUAUUUAUUACAAAUAAAUGGAAACUGCUAUAUGAAAAUAUAUAUUUUCACCUCCAGACACUUCCGUCAAAAACGUUAAAGUGUCUUCUUUUAAAAAAAGACCAAAAUUAGGCUUCUAGACCAAAAAAAUCCCAGAGUUAUAUUCAUUUGAAGGUGUACAUCUUUUCACCCCCCUCCCCACUCAAAAAGGGCUGCGCCAGUUAAAGGGUUAAGGUUUCCCCCAUUAAUUGUGUUAUCUGGUUUCUAUCCGUUUUAUAUUGAGCUCCAUUGUCUCUUGUUUGUUUUUGAAUACGUCAUGUUUUAAGUAGAUCAGAUAUUACUUUCAUUUCUGUCUGAACUGUCAAUGCUAAAAUAGAUUAAUCUUAAACCCGCCAGUAGUCAACGAUAUUGACUCGGUGCAGCACAUUAAAGUUCUUAAAAUCCUGUAAUGAACAAGAAAAAAUACAUUUCAGUGUUCUCACUGAUCAGUUUUGUAAGAGUAAUUCCGUAACUUCACCACUAGAUGGAGACAGUGAUUCAUGAUGUAUGAACAAUAGAUGCAAAAGAUCAACUUUAGUCCCGCUGAUCUCAGUUCAUGGAGAUCUCACUUAAUCCUUAAAUGCCAUAGACACAGCUCUGUAACAUUAAUGAAUGUAUUUUCCAAAUUCACUUAUCCUUUACAAGGACAGGGGAGGGUUGGAGCCUAUCCCAAGAUCUUGGCCCACAGCCAGGGUACACUGUCUAUAGAUGAUCAGUCCAUCACAGGGCACUUACAGAACAAGGACAGUUUAGCAACUCCAAUUUACUUCAUACAAGUUUGCCUUAAAUUAAUUAUGAAAGAUAUGAUAGAUAAUAAAAAUAUUCAUUUGUUUUUUUCUCUUGUUAAAUUGUCGAUAAGACAUAGAUUGAGGAAUACUUAAAAGCUGGAGGUCUAACUUUAAAAAUGAACGAGCAGGAGGUUGAAUGAGACUCGAUGUAUGCAUAUAGGGACAAACUGAGCUGAUGAUCAGAGACUGGUGUGUUAAAUAAGAGAGACAUACAAAAUGUAUAAAGCAUUGGA